GGCUGACGGCGGCCGCCAGUCCCGGCCGGGCCGGGCUUGGCGAGGCGGAGGCAGGGCAGCCGAGCCGGCAGGAUGCUGGAGGCGGCCGGGCCGGACCCGGAGCUCGACCCGGAGGACCUGGUGCACUUCUCGGUGGGGGACCUGCCCAGCCGCGGCUACGGGGUGAUGGGCGAGAUCCGGCGGCAGGGGAAGCUCUGCGACGUGACCCUCAAGGUUGGCGACCACAAAUUCAGCGCUCACCGGAUCGUCCUGGCGGCCUCCAUCCCCUACUUCCACGCCAUGUUCACCAACGACAUGAUGGAAUGCAAGCAGGAUGAGAUAGUCAUGCAAGGCAUGGACCCAAGCGCACUGGAAGCUCUGAUCAAUUUUGCCUACAAUGGACAUUUAGCCAUAGACCAGCAGAAUGUCCAGUCUUUAUUGAUGGGGGCCAGUUUCCUGCAGCUGCAGAACAUCAAGGAUGCCUGUUGCUCUUUCCUCAAGGAGAGGCUUCACCCCAAGAACUGCCUGGGCGUGCGCCAGUUUGCCGAAACCAUGAUGUGUGCCGUCCUUUACAAUGCCGCCAACAGCUUCAUUCACCAGCAUUUUGUGGAGGUUUCGACGUCGGAGGAAUUCUUAGCUCUGCCCUUCGAAGAUGUCCUGGAGCUGGUCUCAAGAGAUGAACUCAACGUGAAGCUGGAGGAGCAGGUCUUUGAAGCGGCCCUGGCCUGGGUCAGGUACGACCGGGAACAUCGGGAGCCCUGCUUACCGGAGCUCCUCUCCAAAAUCCGCCUGCCGCUUUGCCGGCCUCAGUUCCUCACGGACCGCGUGCAGCAGGAUGACCUCGUCCGCAGCUGCCACAAGUGCAGGGACCUCGUGGACGCAGCAAAGGACUGCCACCUCAUGCCGGAGCGCCAGCCGCACCUCCCGGCUUUCAAGACGCGGCCCCGUUGCUGCACCUCCAUCGCUGGCCUGAUCUACGCCGUGGGGGGACUCAAUAUGGCAGCAAAUUUCUACGCAGGAGACUCGCUGAACGUGGUGGAAGUCUUCGACCCCAUUGCCAACCACUGGGAGAAGUGCCAGCCAAUGACGACGGCCCGCAGCCGGGUGGGCGUGGCCGUGCUGAAUGGGCUCCUGUAUGCCAUCGGAGGAUACGACGGGCAGUGGCGACUGAGCACCGUGGAAGUGUAUAACCCCGAGACCGACUCUUGGUCCAAAGCGGGAAGCAUGAACAGCAAACGAAGUGCGAUGGGAACUGUAGUCCUGGACGGACAGAUCUAUGUUUGCGGUGGAUACGACGGCACCUCCUCUCUCAACUCCGUGGAGGCGUAUUCGCCCGAGACAGACAAGUGGACGGUGGUGACUCCCAUGAGCGCCAAUCGCAGUGCGGCUGGCGUCACAGUCUUUGAAGGCCGAAUCUUUGUCUCCGGUGGACACGAUGGAUUGCAAAUCUUCAAUAGCGUGGAAUACUACAAUCACCACACGGCCUCGUGGCACGGCGUGGCCGGCAUGUCGAACAAGCGCUGCCGGCACGGAGCCGCCUCCCUCGGCAGCAAGAUGUUCGUCUGCGGCGGCUACGACGGCUCCGGCUUCCUCAGCGUGGCCGAGGUGUACAAUUCCACGGCGGACCAGUGGUGCCUGCUCGUUCCCAUGAACACCCGGCGCAGCCGCGUCUCCCUCGUGGCCAGCGGCGGCCGCUUGUAUGCCGUGGGCGGCUACGAUGGACAGUCGAACCUGAGCUCAGUGGAAACGUACGACCCGGAGAGCAACCGCUGGACGUUCAUGGCGCCGAUGGUGUGCCACGAGGGGGGGGUGGGGGUGGGCUGCGUCCCGCUCCUGGCGGCUUGAGGGCUGGAGCCGGGGCGCAGCGUGCGUUGCGUGCACGCCGUAGAAGAGACACGCGGCGGAGGGACGCACGUUCUUCCAGGAGGUGCAUCAUUUCGGGGUGCUUGGGGUGCUGCCAUUUAGGGAGAUGCACAAACAGCUCCACAGGCUACGAUCAAGGGGCUCCUGAGGUCCCAUGGAGCUGUGAGAAUCCAAAGAGUUGGGGGUACAAAGGAAACCUGCCCACCCUCUCUGCCGUCUCUGCCAAACUGUGUUGCUGAAGCUGCCUCGGGCUCUGUGGCUAUGCGGGGGGAGUGGGUGGUGGUGGCUGGGUUAGUACAGAUGAACUUGGAGCGGGGAGAUUACUGUUAUUAUCGCUCCUCCUGUGGUCCCCUUUCAAAGCUAAGGAGGGCGUUCCUCUCGCUCUGAAAGUGAAAACACUACAGUGACAAGGAAUGUGCCUGUUGUUUUCCUGUGUCUGGUACCCUACCAGCAUGACCACCAUCGCACAACAAUAUUUUGGGGUAAAUGUAUUGGUUUCUAGCGUGGUCAGAAUCUCAGCUGUUCCAGCUGAGAAGACAAGGGUGUUGAAGAAUCCCUUGAGAAAGCUGGCCUGGCUGAACAAACAGCCUUCCCUAACACAGGGCCCCGGCCAGAUGGGCUGGUCUACACCUCCCAUAAGCGCCUAACAGUAAGGUCUGUACAGGAACCCUCGGGGUUAUACGAGCUUCCCCAAGUUGUGGAAAUUAACUUUGUUUGAUCUGUAACUUGCCCGGCCACGGCCAAGUCAGAGAUAGCUCCCUUUUGUCUUCUGCCGUGUGACUUCUGACCAAAGGACGAGUUCAGGGUAGAAGUAGGUUUCCUAUCCUUCAUCUUCCGAGGUGGCUUGGGACAACCAGAGAUGAGGCUUACAUCCAGAAAAGUAAGCACGUUGUAGUAUUUACUUCCUUGCAUGUCUUGCAAAGCCAGAGGUGGUGUGAUAGGGCUACGCAGUGCUUUGGAUCCAGUUCCAGUGAUGUGCUUCAGAACAAAUGUAGCACCACAGCUCUUUAAAGCAGCUGCAUCAUUCCCAAGACUGCAUCCCUCAGCAAUCCAAGGCAUCUUCUGGAACCGAUUCAAAAGGCUGCUCAGCCCUACUGUGACAACCAUUGAAACAAGGUGUGCAGGCUAAAGGGUCUGCCCUGAAUUUUGGGGGGGAAAAAAUCAGAAAUCAGCCUUGGUGACGUUCGAUCAGGCAUUCAUUGGCUCGGUAUCUCUAGCACAUCUGCACAAUUUCCUGGCAACCUGAAGCAUUGGUGGAUGGGCGACGCAGUUGGCUGGUGCAGAAAUUAAUUCCCAUAAUUCUGAUUUGUGGUGACUAUCUGAAAGAGGGCCUCUCUGCUUAAGUAAGAUGUUUGGGAGGAGAGAUGUUUUUGCAAAGGGACCGUAGCUGGCUGAAGCUUUAAGUUUUUUCUUGUCUUGCCUUGUCUUUUUAUUUUAUUUGCUGCUAACAUCAGGGUAGGGUUGGAGUUGAACAAUUGUAACAGCUGUCCUUGAAUAAAGCCAGCCUCCCCUUCUCCAGGGAGCUCAAACAAUCACUUUUGCAAAACAAACGGGACGCAGAUUGGGGGGGGGGAAUGUAAAAAUAUUCACAGGCUCAAAUACAGUUCCUUCCCAUGCCGUUUGAUAUGUAAGGAAGAGUGGAAAAGCCAUCCAGGUUUUUUUUUUAAUUUAUUUCAGGCCAACCUCCUCCUCCUCUGCUGGUUUGUUCUUUGCAAUGGAAGAAAAGGGAAAAAAAAAAAAAAAAAAACAGGAACCACAAGGUGCUCAGCAUUUUGCUGAGACCGCCAGCACAUUUUUGUUCCUCUGGGGCCCCUGCCUGUUUUCCUUUCGAUCCAAUACAUACAUGUCAGAUGGCCAAAUGCAGGCUGAGUAUCUUUUCACAUUGGUUUUACACAAGUGUCCGAAGCAGUGUUUCUCAGCCUUGGCAGCUUGAAGAGGUGUGGACUUCAACUCCCAGAAUUGGAGUUGGGCUGGCUGGGGAAUUCUGGGAGUCGAAGUCCACACCUCUUCAAGCUGCCAAGGCUGAGAAACACUGGCCCAAAGGCUAGCUGAAUUCUUGGAUCUCUCCCCACUUGCUCCCACCCCCAAAUGAGGCCUUUGCCCUCGGCUUCCUCUGCUCAUCCCACUUGGCUGAUUGGACAAUAGUACAUCGCCAGGGGAAUUGGGGAUCAAGCAAGCGGGGAGUGAAAUACGCAGAUUGUGAUGUCGGAGUGUGGUCGCUGCGAAGGGUAGCCAACGUUGCCCUCAGAAAGGGAAUCCCAGGGGAACUUGAUAAGUAGACGGGCUUGGCGUUUGGCGCCUGCGUUCUGUGCGUCCCUCAUCCGCGAAUGCCAGUGUAAAUGUUCAUAGUACCAAAACAAUGCAACUAAAGCUGAGCUCCAAGCACAUUUGAGCGAUGGCCGGCCUCCAGAACGCAGAGGAUUUCCUGACCACGCCAGCGAGUCUCUCCACGUGAAUGUAAAAGCCGUCAAUGUGUGUUAAUGUGAAAUCAUGUCUGUAAAGCCUCGUAUGUUCCUUGGGGGGCUGGCAAAGCCUCCAUGCAGAGAAAAGGGGAGGCGACAAAAUCUCGGUUCCCCCUAUUGCAAAUAUAUUUAACUUGAACAAAAA